UCCUCCCCAGAAGGCGGUUUCACGCCCAAAGAUGCUGAUCCCUGUCGUCGAUCGCGCUCCUGCACCGCACUCAUCAUCACCACCACCAUCAACGCGCCCGUCAGCGUCAACUUGGCGUCUCCGCCUGUACCGCAUCCAGAAGCCGCAACAACAAAGACAACAGCCCCGACAGCUCAGUACGGCUGCUAAUGCAUGUUCUGUUCGUGGGGAAUUUCUUCAACAGCUUUGUUUGCGCGACAAGAUGGUGCCCGGUGAUCGAGGGCUCGGGAUCGAGCUUGGAGGAGGAGCAGGAGGAGUAGGAGGAGGAGACGGGAGGGGGAGAGUCGGACACGUUUACCCAACACCACCGCCAGAGGACAGGCUGUCCGAAUUGCGGCAAACAUCAGGGCCCGGCGACGAUAGUGGGAUGGCUUGGGAGGGCGAGGGGCAGAACAAGGAAGCGGAGAAAGAGGACAUGGUGGCCGUGGGUAAAGUGCUGAAGCUGUCUCACGAGCAGUUAGGCGAGCUUCUACCCUUGGAUACCACCUCGACGCCGUUCGUUUUGCAGCCAUCGUCUUCGUCUUCCUCUCCAGCUCGCCGCGCGAGAUCGAGCACCCUUACGAAUACCGGGACUGGGCCUGCGAGACCGUUGGUCGCGGGAAGGACGUUGUCUACACCGCCUACCUCAAGGAGAGUUGUGACCACGCCAGCGAGAAAUCCGAAUACGACCUCAUCCAGGAGGAGAGAGAGUGGCAGCAGGGACAGAGGCAUGAUUACACCGAAACGAAAAAACUCUGGUUCCACUACGAGCACGGCUACGAGCACGACAGUGGUACACAAUUAUGGCGGCGGGGAUGCGAGCUAUGAUACCCCGGGAGGCAGUGACGUCGACAAGGUGAACGGCAGUCGUCGGGAAGGCAGUCAACCGACUUCGACAUCGACAACAAUAACUACACCGUCGGCACUCCCGCCGCUGCCUUUCCAGAGCUACCUCUCAUUAGCGCUGUCAUCGCCGACUUCUGCAAGUUUCCCCGACACGCCGAGUACCAACGAUGAUGCAUCUACACAGAGAGCAGGGCCGGUGUACGGAAAGCCGCCGCACCACUCUGAUGAUUCGGCAGAAAUUGCGAUGGAGCGUAUCAUGAACUUUUUUCUCCUUCCGCCGAAGCUGGAGGCUGCAUUGGUGUUCGGCGUCUUCGCAUGCCUGGACAGCUGGCUUUACAUAUUCACCAUCCUGCCACUGCGAUUUUUGAAGGCUAUCGGCGUGUUGAUGGGAUACUGGAGGAUGCGAGUAUGGAAUUACUUUAACUACGAUGGCAACAAGUUGCGAAAGAAGUCUAGGAAAGAUGGUGAAGCCGAAACGCCCGAGAAGCGGCGAGAGCGUAAGAAACGUAAAGAAACCAACGUGAGCGGGUUGAACCCAAAUCAUAAGGCAGAUAUCUUGAGGGGUAUGAUUCUAUUUACCAGCUGCUGGUUCUUGAUGCGGUUCGAUGCUAGUCAGAUGUACCAUUCGAUCCGCGGGCAGAGUGGCAUCAAAUUAUAUGUCAUUUACAACAUGCUCGAUUUUGCGGACAAAUUAUGUGCUGCCCUCGGACAAGACAUCUUCGAUGUGCUUUUCUCUCGAGAAGUGCUCGACCGGCGUCCCGACGGCCACAGCAAGAUCUGGCGGCCCAUCGCGUUCUUUUUGCUCGCAUUGGCCUACAAUAUUGCUCACUCACUCGUACUUUUUUAUCAAGUGAUCACCCUCAACGUCGCCGUUAACUCUUACUCCAAUGCGCUUGUGACGCUGCUGCUAUCUGUGCAAUUUGUCGAGAUCAAAUCCACCGUUUUCAAGAAGUUCGAGAAGGAGAACCUGUUUCAGCUCCUCUGUGCCGACAUCGUCGAGCGGUUCCAGUUGAUACUGAUGCUCGUCAUCAUCGCUACACGGAACUUGGUAGAGCUGGGGGUGUGGUCCCUUUCGCCGUCUCCCAGCGGCGGAGUCCUCCCGAAAAGCUUCACGUUCUUCCCCAAGUGGACUGGAGAAAUCAUGGGUCCAUUUUUUAUGGUGAUUGGGUCCGAGAUGAUCGUCGACUGGCUCAAACACGCCUACAUCACAAAGUUCAACAACAUCAGGCCAGUGCUAUACGAGCGCUUCCUGGACGUGCAAUGCAAAGACUACUACUCCCGCGCAUUCACGGACCAAAACCUAACCAAGCGGAUCGGCCUCCCCGUGAUCCCGCUGGCCUGCCUGUUCAUCCGCGCCACAAUCCAAACCUACCACAUGUUCUUAGCCACACACGUUCCGUCGCCGCUGCCCAGCACGUCCGCCACGACGUCUCUCAGCGAGAACCUCGCGACCUCGGAGACCUCCGCGGCACUAGCUAGCAUCGACACGAUCCUGCGGCGGGCGCUCUCGCGCUCUGACGCCUCAGCCUCCACGCUCUUCGACGACUUUGUCGCCGCCGCAACAAUGGCGUUCUUCCUGCUCGCGUGCUUCCUCAUCUUCCUCGCCGUCAAGCUGCUGCUGGGGAUCACGCUGCUCGGCAUCGCCCGCAGCCGCUAUCGGGGCCUCAAGGAGCGCGAGCGGAUGUGGACGCAUACCGGCGCCCAUAGGAGUAGUGCCUUCGGCACUACUACUAUCACUGCCGAGAAUAGGGCUAUCAUAUAUGGUGGUAAUCCGGAUGAGGAAUUGAAGGUGGCGGAAAUGGUCCGUAAAGGACGCGAGAAGGAGAUGCGCGUAGAGAUGGACUCCCUCGAGGGCGUCACCAGGUAUAAAAUGUGUGCUAAGAGGAUCUGGUAGUGUUGCUUUACGGUACUUUACUCGGCUUUACUCGACUUUGGGGCGGGCGGGCGUUGUGUGUUUUGUCGGUGUCUUUGUAGAGAGAAUGAGAGAGAGAGGGAGAGAGAGGGAACACCGAUUUAUUGUCGCAUACGGCGUGUCUAGACUAUGGCAAAUUGAUGUCUUUGUACAAUAGCGGAGAGACCGUGCUUGCAAUGUGUACCGAGUGAGUAUGAGUGUUUGACGAUGGCUGGAGAGUUAGGUAGAGGUUCAACUUAGCCGUCAGGAUUCAGGAAUUAGGAUGAUCUACGUAAGAGCCAGGAAAUAGUUGAGCAAUCCAAUCUAAGCCCGG